AUGUCGCUCAAGCAAGAAAUCGAAACCUGGGUCCAGGCCCUGGAACAUUUCGAUAACCAGGAAUAUGAACUCGCCUUGCGAUCAUUUGCAAACAUCGCCGAUACUUCUAAAAUUCUGUUCAAUUGCGGCGUCAUUUACGCUACGCUAGGUGAACAUGAAAAAGCAGUUAUGUGCUACCAGAGUGCUGUGAGCCUGGAUCAAUACCUCGCCAUUGCUUACUUCCAGGAGGGUGUAUCGAAUUUUCUCCUGGGGGACUUCGAAGAGGCGCUGGCUAAUUUCAACGACACGCUGCUAUACCUGCGAGGCAACAACUUCAUCGAUUAUGAACAACUAGGCCUGAAGUUCCGCCUGUAUUCGUGCGAGGUCCUGUUCAACCGGGGCCUCUGCUACAUCUAUCUACAGCAGGUUGGACCAGGUAUGCAGGACCUUGAGUUUGCCUCCAAAGAAAAAGUCACACCAGACCAUGAUGUUAUCAACGACGCUAUUAGGGAAAGAGCAGAAGGAUACACUGUGUUCUCUAUUCCAGUAGGAGUAGUGUAUCGACCAAAUGCGGCCAAAGUUAAGAAUCUGAAGAGCAAGGACUACCUGGGCAAGUCACGCGUGGUCGCCACGAACCGAAUGAGCACACCCGCCGAGACGACCAAUAGAACAGCAGACACCGUGCCAUUUGCAACAUCGCACCUAGUCCAAAAGAACCUAACCAGCCGCAGCCGUCAGCAAUCAGAGCCUCCCAUGAACCGCAACCUCUUCCCACCUACACCACCCCCAGAUACAGACAAAGCAAGUCUCAGCAGCUCAUCCGGCAGCAUUGGAGGGUCUAGCAGCCGCACCCAGCCUACGAAAGCACAACGCCCACCGAAGCUCGAUCUUGACCGUCCCGGCGCCCUAGCAGCUGGAAUGAGUAACACGGACCUCAACGCCCCAGAAAAGCCGCGCAUAGGAACAAUUCGCACAGCGUCGGAGCCGCGGGGGCCCGCACGACAACCUCGUGGAUAUGCGCCAGAGAGACAAGGAUAUCCGCGCGAGGCAUAUGGCCACCAGAGAGGAAUGAGUGACACAGGAUUUGGGAUACCAAUCGGCUACUCAGAAGACCCAUACGGAGGGUAUGGUGAAGCUCGAGUAAUGGCGCUAGCGAAUGGUGGACGACAUUUCCACCAACAAGGAUACAUUGACGAAGAAGAGGAGUACGGAAGCUCACCAUGCGAUGAGGAUAUACAGCCAGAUGUAGGGUUUGAAAUUAUGGGUGCGCGACAACGCGCGCGAUCAUCUAGCCGUGGCCCGGCGCAUGGGUAUUCACGCCGGCCGGAGGUGCGCAAGUUCCGAGUCAAGGUACAUUCAUCAGAGGACACGCGAUACAUCAUUAUUGGGCCCGCGAUUGGGUUUGCAGAGUUUGAGGCUAGGAUCCGGGAGAAGUUUGGCUUCCAGAUGGCGCUGAAAAUCAAGAUGCAGGAUGAGGGGGAUAUGAUUACAAUGGUAGAUCAGGAAGAUCUAGACCUACUACUCAUGGCAUCAAAAGAGAUUGCGCGACGAGAGGGAAGUGAAAUGGGAAAGAUGGAGAUAUGGGUUGAGGAACGACGGAUGAUUUAG